AAUAGUAAUAAUAAAUAUCAGCUUGCACUCCUUCUUUGUCUUUUGUAUUUUCCACCAAAAGAUUGAACAUACUUUCUCGCCGACCCCCUUUUCUCUUGGUGUGGAUAAUCAACAGUGACCAUGAGUGAAGUUUCUCCGACCAGAGAAACCUCCAUGGAAACUGAGGAGGACAAAGAAGAGCAGCAGCAGCAGCAGCAUACAGAUCGAGGAAGGCGGAGAUUGGUGCUGCCAGAAGAUGGGUUUGAAUGGAAGAAAUAUGGCCAAAAGUUCAUCAAAAAUAUUGGAAAAUUCAGGGGCUAUUUUAGAUGCCAGAAGCGAAAUUGUAUGGCGAAGAAGAGAGCAGAAUGGUCCAACCCAGAAAACCUUCGAAUAGUAUACGAGGGAUCACACAGCCAUGCCUCGUCUACACAAGAUUCUUCUUCUGCUUCCUCACAAGGGACUCCUUCUUCCUCAGCUGCAAACCAGUACAACUUGUACACUCAACUCUUUGGAAACCAACCGGCUUCAAGCACGCACGAUCAAGAUCACACUUGAUUCAUCUUGUUGACUGCUCCCUGGCUAGCUAGCUAGCUGCUCCCAUCAUUUGAUUUCGCUGCUCAUUGAUCGAUCAUGUAAUUAAGCGCUGUAAAUAUGCCAUGAUUCCUGACAACUUGCCGGGUUCUGGAAAACUUGACAAAUAAAUAAGCCAGGCAGGCAGGAAGGGUCGAUGUUGUUGAAGUAACAAGAGUGAGGAAAACUUAUAAUUAGUUACAGUAUUCAAGGCCACACGAUAAUUUCCUGCUUGUAGGUUCAGGAUUGCUAUUAAAGCCCAGUUGUUCAUGGGCUUGGCUGAAUGAAUUCUUGUGGUCUUAUGGUGGCUCUCUUGUAAAUACGUGAAUCGAAGACUAUAAUUGAAUUUAAUAAUACGAUAGGAUAGGAUACGAUAGAAAUUCAUUCCAAUCACCUGUAUUCUACAAUAUCAAUGGUUCUAGAGGGUUCUAGUGCACGACAAAUCAAACGGCAACAAGUUUCAAUCAACGGUCUAGAUUCGCUGAAGGUGGAACUGUCAAGACGAAAUCACAAAUACGACCACCCUUGCAUCGUUUAAAGAAAGAGAAAACCCUACUCCUUUUCUCUUUAGCUCUCGAAGAAGUGCAAAGAGAGUGUCCAUAAGAGAAACCUACAUACCCUUACCUAGCCACCGUCGCCUCUUAUCCAUUAAACCCCCUUCUCCUAAACCCUGCUCCACCACCACCGGCCGUUCCACUUCUCUGUAAG